UCUCGUUUUCAUCGGUGGCUUCUGUCACCCCGAUGUCGUGGAGCACCGUUAGCAUGUGUUAGCUUAGCAUCAGCCAGACACCGGCUUCGGGUGGACGCUGUCAGCUGCGUUAGACGGUUUGAAUGUGGUGUAAAUGUCGUUUUCUUUCCAGCCACCGAAGACUAAAGGCAAGAAGGCAGCGAAGGGGAAGUCUCCUGCAGUGGUGGACGGUCUUUCAACGGAGGAGAUGUCCAAGGACCAGCUGGAGGAGCACAUCGUUCGCCUCCGAGAGGAGCUGGACAGAGAGCGGGAGGAGAGGAGCUACUUCCAGCUGGAGAGGGACAAGAUCCAGACCUUCUGGGAGAUCUCCAAGAGGAACCUGGAGGAGACGAAGGCCGAGCUGAGGAACAGACGCAGGGAGAGAGAGGAGGCCGAGGAGCGCCACCGAGUGGAGAUCACAGUGUACAAGCAGAAGCUGAAGCACGUCCUGUCUGAACACCACAACACGGUCUCUGAGCUGAAGAUGGACGGCGUCGCCUCCACCUCGCUGAUCCAGAACCGGCACACCCAGUCAGAGCUCGGGCUUCGGAAAGACGUGCACGGUCUGCAGGCGGACUUCAGAGAGCAGAGGCUCCAGAACGAAAACUGCAUCAAGGAGCUCAAACUGAAACACCAGGUGGAGCUGAUGGAGCUGACAAACGACUACGACAGGAGAAUCAGAGAAAUUGAGGUGAGGUAUCACAAGAAAAUGCAGUCGAUGAUCGAGGCAGAGGGCAAAAAGCGGAGGGCAGAGGUCAGCGAGCUCGAGGACGGAAUGAAAAGCCGCGUCGUGACCCUGAUGCAGGACCACGACCGAGCUCUCCGAGGCGCUGAGGAGUACUACUCUGCUGUUCAGACCAAACUGCUGGCGGAUCAGAAGGUGCUGAAGGAGGAACUCGCAGAGGUGCAGAAGCAGCAGGCGCGCGCAGACAAAGAGCUCUCGGCGGCUCAGCAGGAGAACAAACGUCUGCGCGAGUCUCUGCGGGACGCCGAACAAAAGCUGCCCGAGCUCCGGAAACAGCUGGAAGACUACAACCAGGCCAAGGCCAAGACGGCGACGACCAGAGCUCGUGUGAAGGUCGUUGAGAAGGAGCUGAGAGAUCUGACGGUGGAGCACGAGCUGCUGCUGCAGGCGUUUGAAAAGGUCCAGCAGGAGCGUGACGAGCUGCUGAAGAAGCAGACGGAGGCCAUCCUGGACGUGCAGCAGAGGAGCGGACUGAAGGAGCUGUUGCUGGAGAGGAAGCUGGCGGCUCUGACGGAAACCGUGGAGAAGAAGGAGGCUCAGCUCUGCGCCGCGCUCUCCGCCUACACCGCCGACCGAACCGCAGGCGGCGCCGCCAACAAACUUGAGGAAAUCUUGGAGUCUAAACAAGUCACCGUCACGGCCUUACAGGACGACCUGGCUCGCGAAUGUCAGGAGUACGACGACCUGCUGCAGACCUGUACGGAGAGGCUGAAGGCUCUGGGCGUCCCUCGGUGGGACUUUCCCUUCAGGUCCGCAGAGCAGAUCCUGAACAGACCGACCCCCAAACACUGAACUCCUCCGGGUGUCAGGUUUACACUCACCUGCUUCACCUGGACACUAUUCAACCUGAAAUACUUGACUUCUCUACCUCGCCCUCAUUUCAUAAUUUCCUAAAGACAAGUUGCAUGAGAUAAUGUAGAUUACUGCUGUUUGCCACAGAUGUUCCAGAUGUUUUGUAAAACAAAGAUAUUAAUUUAUCACUUAUCCUGGUUUUUACAUCGUUGCUGGUGAUGACAGUUUUACCAGAUAAACUUAAAUCACAACAAUAAACACGU